UCGUUUUCUUUCGGUGUUUAUUUAUGUCAGUGUUUGAAAACCUUCUUUCACCGAGAUCUUUUGAAAGACGAGCUCGCCUGCAUGUCAGCAAUGUUUUGCUCCAUGCUGAGGAGAUCCUUGCCGGCUGCACACCAUGGAGCUGCUGUCCGGUUUAUGUGCAGUGAAAAUCAGCCCUAUUUGUUUGAGCGUCUAUCUGGAGAAAAUGAAGGCAUAGGUGUUAUCUCCAUGAACCGUGCUAAAGUGAACGCACUGGGCAAGGAGACGCUCACUUUUAUGAACUCAAUCAUGAGCGAACUGAGUACAGACAAGGCAACGCGUGUCCUCAUUCUCCGCAGUAUCAUCCCAGGAGUGUUCUGUGCUGGCGCUGAUUUGAAGGAGAGAGUGAAGUUCACAGAAGAUGAGGUUCGUAUGUAUGUUCGCCAAGCACAGAAGAUGAUAACUGACUUAGAGCAGCUUAAGAUGCCUGUCAUUGGUGCGCUGGAUGGCCAUGCCAUGGGCGGUGGACUGGAGUUUGCGCUAGCCUGCGACUUCCGUGUUGCAGCGACCAAUGCUAAAAUGGGCUUGGUGGAAACCCGGCUUGCCAUUAUUCCAGGCGCAGGUGGAACACAGCGUCUCAGCAGACUUGUCGGCCGUGCCAAAGCCAAAUACCUGAUCUUCACAGCAGCGGUGCUAAAAGGCGAGGAGGCAGCGAAAAUUGGUCUGGUUGAUGAAGUUGUGGACCAGAAUGAUGCCGGUGACGCAGCGUAUCAUGCAGCUGUUGACAUGGCACGCAAGAUUGUACCCCAGGGUCCUAUUGCAGUGGCAGCCGCAAAGCAAGCUGUUAAUCAGGGAAUAGAACAGAACCUCGCGGAUGGUCUCAACACAGAGUGGGCUUGCUACGAGAAGGUUAUUCCAACGAAGGACCGCAUUGAAGGCCUCAUGGCGUUCAAGGAGAAGAGAAAGCCAGUGUACCGCGGCGAGUGAUGCCGUGCUGCGAGCACCCGGUGUGUGAUAAUACGCGAUGAUCUCCAUGCAUGUCUUCUAACUGGACUGUAUCGACGCGCAGGUACGCACAGAUACACUACCAUACUGCCCAUCAGCUGGCUAGUGAGUGCCAUGGAUACUACAGUAGAUAGCUUCUAUUCAAUCCUUGCACAGUAGUCACUCUCAGCUACUAACAUAUAGAUAUGACUGUUAUUUUCAGCCUUAGUAGUGGUUUUUAUCUGCCUCCUACCAAGCUUAUUCUCUUCUUGAUUGGCAUACCUGUAUUUCUUUGUAUGGACAGUAUCGUUUGCUUGUACUUCGAAGUAUCUUUCGUACAAGUAUGUUUGUUUGUCUCAUCACGCCCUAUGCAUGUACUGGAACUGCAGUUAUGUAAACUUAGACGCCGUCUACUGCUGUCAGCUUUGUUUUAUUUUAGGUCCGACGUGAACAGUGUCUCUUACAUCGAUACGUCCCAGGGAGGCUGUUCCAUUUCUCUCUUUCUGGCUGCCUCUCGA